GAUCGUACACAGCAAAGACGGCGUCAAAAAGUCUAAUCGAGACUUCAAGUUAAGAUUAUGAUAUAAAGUUUAUUGCACAGCAAUUGUACGAAGUUGGCAACGUGCACGUGACAUCUUCAGUUAUAUGAUAACACGUAUACUAAGAGAAUGGGAUGAGACUGUACGUUAAAAAGUAUCGGUGGAAUUUAUAGCCUUUAGACAUUUUAAAAAGAUUAUCCCAUAUACUAGUAUAUAUUGUAUAGAUAUACCGGUUUCUAUAGUCGAUUUGUGACAGCCAAUAUCCUGAACUUUGUGCUUGCUCUAUGGACGUCAAGGCUAUUUAUGUAAGUUUUGAAAUGUAGUCUUUCAUGUAAUUUUGCUGUAAAAGUAGAGAUAACGAUGUUACGGCAUUAGCUGAGUAAGACAGGAUCAUGCAUCGGGUUCUUGUCACGUCACACGGAUUACGUCUAGUCCAGACGGACUCUAGCUAGAGUAACAACAAGUUUUAGAUAUUGAUUAGAAAUUUGAUUUUGAGAUUAAAUCAUUAUCUCUGGUUGGUCACAGCCAGUAAUGAUCCUACGGCAUCAAAAUUUUACGACGACCUCAGACAACAAAUGUGACUGCGCCGUCAAACCUCCAGUCAGAUACCGUCCCGGGAUGUCUGGCUGAGACCGUGCUUGUGUGAUAACAAGUGGCACACAUGUUAUUGAACAAUCCCCCGACAGUUCUCCUGUGUACAUGUAAACAGUAGAGACUAUCGUAGCUCCACCUCUGCGAUACCCCGAUACGGACGACUUCAUCACAACGGACUGGGCCACACGGCGCAGAAAGGACAGUGUGUGUUGUACCUAUUAGUUUACUCUCAACUAUGUAUUGUUAUGCCCAAGCACGGUGACCUACUAUGUGAUCGUUCACACUCUGUGACCCCGUGAAGACUGAUUUUGCUUCUUAAGAGCUUCAACGUAGAAUUCCUUUCACCUCUCUUCAGUGCUUUAAAAAGCCUUUUUAAAGACCUCUUUUGAGCAUUUCUAGUUCUUGAAUCUGGGACUGUACGCUUCGGUAUCACGGUGCGUGAUACGAGAGAGAUCAGGUGGAUGGCUCCUUUGUUGGCGAGACGGUUUGUUUUUCACUAACCAUCACUGACUCCAGAAAUCCGAUCCACCCCGAAAACGUCAUGUUUCAACCCUGAAAAAACUUUUAUUUCUGGCGCUGUUGUUUCACGGGGAUUCAACCGUGGUAGCCCUUACCAAGGGAACCAGGAGUGUUGUUGUGUCGGCGCUACUUUCCGCCGGUGAAGUGCUCCUUGCCAACGCCGCUUCGGGAGACAUUCGCUCUAUUUGUGUGGACUUGACUUGGAGGUUCGAAGUCUGUCAGCAGUCUGUUUGCGAUUGGGCCGGAAGGUUUGCGGAGUGCUCGGCUGUUUUAUUUAUAGAAGCUUGGAUUUCGCCGUGUCUUAGCUACUCGACUACCAACAAGCCACAUUCAGCGGAUUGUUUGUGUUGGACAAGUAUACUCCCUGUCCGAUCGUUUAUAUUUCAUUACUUUGCUAUUGUUGUAAACACCGCGCUCGGAGCCUCCCAGCAGGCCACGCUAGCUACCGAUGGCAGAAGAUGGUAGCAGCACUAGAGACUUCGGGACCUCUCCCCCUCCCCAACACUACUCUCCGCUGCCAGUGCUAACUCCCCGCCGAACUUUGGACCGGGACCCAGAGCCGGAGGAAGAGGAAAGAAACACCAUACUUCCUCCUAUCUACGAUGAGGUUCCUUCCGACAUGCCUGCGGCCCCGAUACUGUCGUCUUCCGAAGCCACCUGUUUGGACGUGAACGGUUCGUCUCUGCCAUUGUUGGACUCGCGGAGCGGUAAGCGUCCUGUGCCACAGUCUACAAAUAAGGACAUUUUCCCGCCACAGAAGACGCUGCACUCCAAGUACCAAACCCCGCUGUUACCUUUUAUUGCAGCAGACGAUAAUAGCAGGGUGGACUGGGUUCCCCCACCCUCCCCUAAAGCAUAUACCAACAAAAAAAGGAAAGCCAGGAGGAAGCAGGAGAGAAAGAGACUCCCUGACGUCCCACCCAUGACCAUAACAAGUGUCGGUCCGACAGAAGAACGGAGGGCGUUCAAAACGGAGGUACCGCCGCUGACGCCGAGCGAUUCUUUCGUGCGAUGGUGGACUCGGGCCCGUACGGUCGUGCACGGGAGGCCGCUCCCGGCUCCCUCCUCCCCUACCCCCGGGGAGAUAGCCCUGAAACGUCACCUACUGGACAGGCACCCCGACCCCCCGCAGACCGCGCCGCCCGACGUCAACUUCUACCUCGGGACUGGAGAGGGAGCUCGGGAAAUCGACCCCGUGGAGUUCUGGAAGAGAAAGCUCGUGGCCAGGACUAAGCAGAUGGGACGGGAUCUAACCGCCGGUGUGCGCUAUUGGACACGGUUUCCUAUGAACAAGGCUCGGUCAUUUCCUAGGAAAGAAACAGUUAGUCUGUUGACACCAUAGGUACGUCGUGUUGUCAUUGUAGGGCACGUCUGUCGUGUAGGGCACGUCAUGCUGUCAUUCUGGGACACGUCGUGCUGUUACUGUGGGACACGUCGUGCUGUCACUCUGGGACACGUCGUGCUGUUACUGUGGGACACGUCGUGCUAUCACUCUGGGACACGUCGUGCUGUUACUGUGGAACACGUCGCGUGGUCGCCGUAGGACACGCCAUGCCCUCGUCGUAACUCAUCAUACUGUCACCCUUGGUGGAACGCCGGCCUGAUAAUGCAAUGUGAAAUGAUAAAUUUUUGAAACAAGUACCUAAAGAAAUUAUCAAACUGCUAGUGUACCUAACAUGGGUUGUACUAUAUUCACUCACUGUACUAUAUUGCUUGUCCAAAUCGGUAGUGUAUAAGUUACGUGUAAGAAUAUGUCAAGGCGUGUGAUCGCAAGGUCGAAAUCUGGACGUCCUUGAUCGAAAUGUUUAAAAAAAUAUUUUGAUAGUGCUGAAGUAGGAUUGGGUUAUGUAGGCAACGCGGCAAAAUUGGAAUUUGUACUAUUGUUAUCGGUGAUGGUAAAUUGAAAUAAAAAUACGUGGGGUCGUGUGGCGUAGCGGCAGAGUGCGCGACUCGGAACCUAGAGGUCCCGGGUUCGAGUCCUGACAUGCCACCGAUCUUGUGCCCUUGGGAAAGGCACUUUACACGACUUUCCUCACUUCGCUCAGGUGAAAAUGAGUAAUGUCCUGUCAUGUAUUUGUCCCCUGUGUUGGUGGCGGC